CUCUCUCUCUCUCUCAAAGCCUUUUCUCUCAUUUGCCGAACUCUCAAGAAACUCUCCCUCUCUCGCAUCGAUUUCAUCAAAAUGCAGCUGCUUUUCGAGCUCUGAUGGCGGAUUCAGAGCUCUAAGCAGCCGAUCUCGAGAGAAAUCCGACUGAUUUCAAGAGAAAUCUCUUGAUUUGAGUAAUCUUUUUGGAUAUUCCAGGUUUUGAAUUUGGGAUCUGUACGUAUUCCUUCUGGAGGUAUGAUGUUAGCCGACCAGAGCUCCAGUGGUGGAUCUGACGACGAGAAGAGCGGAUUCUUGUAGAGAUGGCUUUGGACUUUGAGAGGAAUCUCGUCAUUUACAGCCGAAAACAGCUUUAAUGGUGGAUCUGAAGCUUCAAGGGGCGGGUUUUCGGAGGCAGGGCUUCUGAUUAUGAGAGAGAUCUCGUGAUUUGAAGCGACCUCGUUGCAGAAGCUCUGAUUUCUUCCGAAUGAAGCUUUAGUGGCAGAUCUGAAGCCUAGAAGAAAUGAUUCUUGAAGGAAUAGCUUUGGAUCUUGAGAUACAUCCCAUGAUUUGAAGUGCAUCUGAAGUUUCGAAGAGCGGGUUCUUGGAAGAAUGCUGGGAGAUUUGUGGAGGAAUCUCAAGUUUUGGAAGCUCCGCUGGUUCUUGAAGCUUCGGUGUCAGUUAGAUGGAGCUGCGAUUUCAGCUUUAAUGGAGAAAACAGAGCGGCUUUGAGCAUGCGAUUCUGUGAGAAAUGCUCCGGAUUUUUAAGAGGUCUAGAAAUUUGCAUGUUUGCUUUGGGAGCUCUGAUUUCUUCAAAGCAAGCUUCAUGGCGGUUUUAGAGAUUCAAGCAGCUGUUUGAUGAGAAAUCUCCAACCGCCGCUUUUAAAGUAUAAGAACUGUAACUACUUAAUGAGAAUUGAUAUCAUAUUCUUGCAUUCGAAUUCAAAUAUGUCUUUUUAAACAACUACUGACAACUUCCACAACCAUCCAUGAAACACCCAAAUCUAAGAUUUCUCUCUUUUACUCCACUCUCCUUCCUUUCCCUCCUAAUUUUUCUCCUUCGUCCAGCUACCUGCGACCUGAAUUCUGACAAGCAAGCCCUCCUCCGCUUCUCUUCCGCAGUUCCCCAUGGCCGUAAGCUCAACUGGAAUGAAUCUGCCCCUAUCUGCUCCGCUUGGGUUGGCAUCAGGUGCGAUGUUAACAAGACCCAUGUUAUCGCUCUCCGACUACCUGCCGUCGGUCUCUCUGGCCCAUUCCCGCCCAACACUCUAGGGAGACUCGAUUCCCUCCGUGUCCUUAGCCUCCGAUCCAACCGCCUCAGUGGGAACCUACCCAUAGACAUCUCUUCCCUUCCAUCCCUCCACUACCUCUACCUCCAACACAACAACCUCUCCGGCAAUGUCCCUGCAUCUCUCUCCCCCGACCUCAACUUCCUUGAUCUCUCCUUCAACUCUUUCAGAGGCGGAAUCCCUCCUUCCAUUCAGAAUCUGACACAUCUCACCGCACUCAACCUCCAAAACAAUUCCCUCUCUGGUCCCAUCCCUGACCUCAUCCUCCCAAGAUUGAAGCGUUUGAAUUUGAGCUAUAACCACUUCAACGGUUCAAUCCCAAUUUCCCUCCAAAAAUUCCCCAAGUCAUCUUUCUUAGGAAACCCUCUCUUAUGUGGGCCCCCACUAAUCCUAUGUUCUCCAAUCAUCCCACCUCCACCCCCACCAACUCAGAUUAAGAGCUCUAAAAGGAAGCUCAGCACUGCAGCUAUCAUUGCCAUUGCAGUUGGGGGAUCCGCAUUGCUGUUUCUAUUAGCACUGGUCCUAUUGCUCUGCUGUUUGACAAAAAGGGAUAGAGAAAGCAGUGGUGUUUCCAAAGGAAAGGCCGCUAGUGAGAAGCCCAAGGACUUUGGGAGUGGGGCACAGGAGGCCGAGAAGAACAAGCUGGUUUUCUUCGAAGGUUGUUCUUAUAACUUUGAUUUGGAGGAUCUAUUAAGGGCUUCGGCUGAAGUUCUGGGCAAGGGGAGUUGUGGGACAGCGUAUAAGGCUGUACUGGAGGACGGGACAACUGUGGUGGUGAAGAGGUUGAAGGAGGUGGUGGUGGGGAAGAGGGAGUUUGAGCAGCAGAUGGAGAUUGUGGGGCGGGUUGGGCAGCUUCCCAAUGUUGUGCCUCUCCGUGCUUAUUACUACUCCAAGGAUGAGAAGCUCCUGGUUUAUGACCAUGUUGCGGCGGGCAGCUUGUCAACUCUCUUGCAUGGGAACCGAGGCAGUGGGAGAACUCCAUUAGAUUGGGAUUCUAGAGUGAAGAUCAUGCUCGGGGCUGUGAGGGGUGUUGCCCACAUCCACUCUGAAGGCGGGGGAAAAUUGGCCCAUGGCAACAUCAAAUCCUCCAACAUCCUCCUCAGCCCUGACCUGGACGGCUGUGUCUCAGACUUUGGCCUCACACCUCUCAUUAACUUCCCCGCUGUGCCCUCUCGGACCACAGGCUACCGCGCCCCAGAAGUGAUUGAGACCCGGAAGCCCACCCAGAAGUCCGACGUCUACAGCUUUGGUGUCCUCCUGCUCGAGAUGCUAACAGGCAAGGCCCCUUUGCAGUCCCCAGGACGGGAUGACAUUGCUGACCUUCCCAGGUGGGUCCAGUCGGUCGUCCGGGAGGAGUGGACAGCUGAGGUGUUUGACGUAGAGCUGAUGCAGUACCAGAACAUCGAGGAGGAGAUGGUGCAGAUGCUGCAGAUUGCGAUGGCGUGUGUGGCCAAGGUGCCGGACCUACGGCCGAAAAUGGGUGAGGUAGUGAGGAUGAUGGAAGACAUCCGGCAGACUGAUUCGGAUAACCGGCCAUCAUCCGAGGACAACAACAAUAACAACAACAACAACAACAACCCUCCCAGGGAUGAGGGCAUCCAGACCACCUCUUGAUGGCUCUAGAGUGGCCCACAGAUCCAAGAUCUCCGGUUUCAUCAAUUGAUGGAAUUUGGUGGCUCACGUACCUUUGCAUGCAUGCCCGGGAAAGAAGCGUUUAUGUGGGUGUUAUUGCUUGAUUUUAAACGUUGGCUUUUUUUUUUUUUCCAAGCUUAGGUGGAUGUGAUUGAUUGAUUGAUUAGAUUGUGUUCUUAGGGUGUUAUUAAAUGUAGGCAUUUGAUUAUCAAUGAUCAAAAUGGAUGCAAAUGCAUUCGAGAAAUGCAAGUGCAAGAUCUAGGAAGUGUAGAUGCCCUGUCCCGGAAAGCAGAAUAGCCCACUCAACCAUCAAAUCUAUCUGAACUAAUGACAGCCUCCAGAGACGGAAUCAAUGGUCCCUAGAGAAUAUUGGAUGGCUA